AUGAAGUACAUAUCUCUAUUGUCUCUUAUAUUGAUAUUUGCUACGGCAAUCUCACUUGUGGAAGCGUCAAAUUGGUCGCCUGAAGAUUACGAGAUUUUUAGCUUGAAUGAUAAAGUUCAGCAAGACUUAGGCAAAGGUGCCAGCUUUUACUCUUGGUUAGAAUUGCCAAACGGUCCUAAAUCUACGUUACAAGAAAUUUCUAAGGCUUAUAGAAAGAAGUCGCGUAUUUUGCAUCCUGAUAAAGUAUCUGGGUCUAAGUCAUUAAAAAAACAAGCAGAAGAAAGAUUUCAACGGUUGUCUUUAGUUGGGAAUAUUUUGAGAGAUCAGUCGUUGAGAAGACGAUACGAUUAUUUUCAUUCUAAAGGGUUUCCAAGAUGGAAAGGGACAGGCUAUUAUUAUUCAAAAUUCCGCCCAGGAAUUAUCAUGACUGUUAUGAUACUUUACAUUAUUGUUGGGGGAAUUCACUUUGUUGCCAUGAAAAUCAGUCGGAAACAGGACUUCAAACGUCUUAAAGAUUUGAAAGAAGAAACCAAGAAGCAGGCUUGGGGGGGUUCGCAGAUACCUCCCGCUGAUGGUUCUAGUAGAAAGGUUUUUAACGAUACUACUGGAAAGCAGUUCAUGAUCACCCCAGAUGGGAAUGUUUCGUUGAUAGUUUCUGAACCUAAAAAGGAAUCGUACCUCAUUUCUCUCGAUGAAAAUGACAUUAAUUUAAACCCAGGAUUUAAGGAAUCUCUUUUUUUCAAACUUCCUUGUUCUUUAUGGAAUGUUUCUCUUGGUAAAGCAUUAGAUAAGACCAUUGAUACCACUGUUGUUUUUGAAAAUCCAAACAAACAGGCAGACAUCACUUCAAAUGAGCAAACGCAGAAAACAAAGAAGAAGAUUCAGAGAGGCCAAAUCUUUGAAUUGUCUAAUGGUAAAAAAGUUUAUGGAAGAAAUGGCGCAUCAACUACUCAAAAGAGAAAACAGAAGUAA